AUGAGUGAAAGUGAAGUACAAGAUAAAAAAGCUAAAAGAAAGAAACAAUAGCCAAGAUUUACUUCAGUUAAAAAAGAAGAAUUAGAUUAGUUUUUGAAAGAUGUUAAUGAAUAUAAACAAAUCCUCAAAUCAAUAGGAAUGUAUGAUCUCUGUCAAAAUUGGAAACAAAAAAGAAAUAUGGAAAGAAUCGAAUAAAAGAAAGAAAGAAUGAAGUUAAAAAUGAAAAAAUUGAAAGACAAAUAAUAGGUUAACGAAAUAUAUUAUAAACUUCAAAAAAAUUAAGAAAUGCUCUCUUAAGCUUUGGGUGUGCAUGACGAUGAAACAGUUGAGGAAUAAGAUUAAUCAGAAUAGCUUGAAGUUCCAACAUACUAUUAGGAAUAUAAUAAAGCUUAUUAAAAUCAGUAGACAUUAAGUGAAAUUGAAGAAGAAGAUUUAUAGCAGUAAGCUAGUCUUUAGCUAUAGAACGAAGAUGAUUCAAGAAGGAACAAAUCUUUAUAGUCAGAUCAAAGGCUUAUUCAAGAUGAGCUACUUCUAGAUAAUACCCAAAGCUUUUAAAAAGCAGGAGAUGAAGAUGAUGAUUAAGAAAAAAUAAAUAAUUCAAGAUUUCUUAAUAAAAAUGAAAAGAUUUUAAACCAGGAUAGCAUUGAAAAGAAAAGAUAAUAAUCAAAAAAGAAGGCAAAUUUGAUUAGUAAAUCCCUUAAAAAGCAUUAGUUUAGAAGUUAAGAAAAUUCUGAAGUUGGUGAUAUAGAAUAACUUUAAAAUGAAUAAAAUUAAGCUUUGUAAGAUUUAGAUGGCUACAUAUAACCAAAAUAAAAUAAUUUAAGAAAAACAUCAAUAUCUUACUCAGAUUCUAAUGAUGAUUAAAGAUAAAAUAAUCUAAAAUAACAGAUUUAUAUUAAGUCGGAUGAUGAAAGUGUUGUAAGAGAAACUGAUCAUGAACAAUUUACAGACUAAUUUAUAUAUAAUACUAAUCCUUCUAUGGAUAUUGAAAUUAUGUACCAAUCAUCAUCAAAUAAGUAAUCCCAAUCCCAAACCCAAAGCAAUGAUUAACAACUACAUUAAAAUUAUAAAUUUCCACCAGAGGAUAGCAAACCAAAAAUUUAGUCAUAAAAAAAUAAAAAUAAUAACAAAAAGAGUUAAAAUAAAUACUCAGAAGAAGAUAUCUCUUCUGAAAGUUACAAUUUACCAAUUCAAAGUAAAAAAUCAUCAUAAAUAUAAAAGUAAAAGUUCAUAAAUAAUACUGAUUAUAGUGACGAUAUUUAAAAUUUAAGUUAAGAUAGUGCAGCCAUAUUAAAGUCAUAAAGAAGUUAUAAUUAGAAUGAUUUUUAAGAAAAAAACUCAACUUAAUUAAAAAAAUAAGUUGAAAAAUAAAAACCUAUAAAAAAUUACAUAGAAUUAAAUGAAGACGAUAAUGAUGACAAUUUAAUGUAACUUGAUAAUUCAGAUUAACAAACUUCUUCGUAUGUCUAUAUCCAAGAUUCAAACAAAAAUAAUGAAAAAUAAAAUAAAUCCAAUAAAACUGUAAAAAAUAAAAAGAUAAAAAAGAAAAAAUGA